UGUAUAUUUCUCCAGUGUUUCAAUGUUUAGUGAUGCACUUGUAAUGUUUUGGUAAUUCAAAUGACAGAUGAAGAAAAAAUGUUUUCAAAGAGAGGGGGUAUCCAUCCACCAUCCUCCCCAAACUUCCAAAACAACCAGGAUGUGCCAGUACUAGGAAGUAUUUAUGCAUCAUAAAGGAUUUUGUCCUGAGUGCAUACCAUUAAUUAUUAAAGAGAUAUUGUCAAUCCCAUCAGAUGAGUUUAAUGUUUAGUUUGAGGACUGAAAAACUAAAGCGUUCAGUCCUUCACUUUGCACGCUGUUGGCUUAGGCAUUCAUUUAACAAAGAUGAAAUGAAGGGGAAAUGGUGUGAUUUGGUUUUGUUUUCUUGACAGACCUGAAACACUUUUACUAUUUCUGACAGCUACACUGCUUUCCUCAUUUUCCAGCAUAGGAAAAUUGGUUGCUGUUGUAAUAAAUCCCCAUUAGGUGAGAAAGGGAGAUAGAUCAAGAUGCAAAAUGAAAGAUAAAAUGCAAAAAGCUAACAGCCUGGCUGGGGAAAGGAGGCCACGGGAGGCAAGGAGGGGGAGGGAAAUAAUCACAUAGGUGGCUUCCUGGAAGAGGUGACCUUAGUAGGCCUGGAAGAGGUCAGUUUGGGAACUGGGGAGAGGACAGAGGAGGGCAUCUCUGCUGGAGAAGCAGCAGCCAGUGGGCAGGAGCUGCAGGGAGCCAGGUUGCAAGUGGGCCUGCUUCCUGUAUCCCUGAGACGGGGUUGGGGUUCCCACCCCGGCUGUGGCCCUGGCCUCUGGGGAGGCGCUGGGCAGAGCUGGGUGGCAGGCCCAACCUACUCCGACCCUGGACUCUGCCCAGGAAUUUCUGCUGAAGUGACAAGGCAAGCCAGAGCAAAAGCAGGUUGGAUCCAGCUUGUCCCCACAAAGACGUGUUCUUCUCUGUCUCUCAGAGCGACCUGUUCACCGCAGAUACCUGGAAGGUCUGGAACAUGGAGAACGAUCCCUCAGGACGAAGACAGUCCAUCUCUCUCACACCUGUGGCCAAGGGUCUGGAGAACAUGGGGGCUGAUUUCUUGGAAAGCCUGGAGGAAGGCCAGCUCCCUGGGAGCGACUUGAGCGCCACCGAGAUCAGGAGCAACCGGAUCGAGGCGGCGCCGAAGCGCUUCUCCAGAUGGAGGAACCUGCAGCCAGCCCUGAGAGCCAGAAGUUUCUGCAGGGAGCACAUGCAGCUGUUUCGAUGGAUCAGCACAGGCCUGCUCUGCACUGCGUUCGCUGCCUUCCUGCUGGUGGCCUGCCUCCUGGAUUUCCAGAGGGCCCUGGCUCUGUUUGUCCUCACUUGUGUGGUCCUCACGUUCCUGGGCCACCGCCUGCUGAAACGGCUUCUGGGGCCAAAGCUAAGGAGGUUUCUCAAGCCUCAGGACCAUCCUCGCCUGCUGCUCUGGGUUAAGAGGGGCCUAGCUCUUGCUGCUUUCCUGGGCCUGGUCCUGUGGCUGUCUCUGGACACCUCCCGGCGGCCUGAGCAACUGGUGUCCUUCGCAGGAAUCUGCGUGUUCAUUGCUCUCCUCUUUGCCUGCUCAAAGCAUCCUUGCGCAGUGUCCUGGCGGGCCGUGUCUUGGGGACUUGGACUGCAGUUUGUACUUGGACUCCUCGUCAUCAGAACAGAACCAGGAUUUAUUGCGUUCCAGUGGCUGGGCGAGCAGAUCCGGAUCUUCCUGAGCUACACGCAGGCCGGCUCCAGCUUCGUGUUUGGGGAGGCGCUGGUCAAGGAUGUCUUUGCCUUUCAGGUUCUGCCCAUCAUUGUCUUCUUCAGCUGUGUCAUAUCGGUUCUCUACCACGUGGGCCUCAUGCAGUGGGUGAUCCUGAAGAUUGCCUGGCUGAUGCAAGUCACCAUGGAUACCACAGCCACUGAGACCCUGAGCGUGGCUGGAAACAUCUUUGUGAGCCAGACCGAGGCUCCAUUACUGAUCCGGCCCUACUUGGCAGACAUGACACUCUCUGAAGUCCAUGUUGUCAUGACCGGAGGUUACGCCACCAUUGCUGGCAGCCUGCUGGGCGCCUACAUCUCCUUUGGGAUCGAUGCCACCUCGUUGAUUGCAGCCUCCGUGAUGGCUGCCCCUUGUGCUUUGGCCCUCUCCAAGCUGGUCUACCCGGAGGUGGAGGAGUCCAAGUUUAGGAGGGAGGAAGGAAUGAAACUGACCUAUGGAGAUGCUCAGAACCUCAUAGAAGCAGCCAGCACUGGGGCCGCCAUCUCCGUGAAGGUGGUCGCCAACAUCGCUGCCAACCUGAUUGCGUUCCUGGCUGUGCUGGACUUCAUCAAUGCUGCCCUCUCCUGGCUGGGAGACAUGGUGGACGUCCAAGGGCUCAGCUUCCAGGUCAUCUGUUCCUACAUCCUGCGGCCUGUAGCCUUCUUGAUGGGUGUGGUGUGGGAGGACUGCCCAGUGGUAGCUGAGCUGCUCGGAAUCAAGCUGUUUCUGAAUGAGUUUGUGGCCUAUCAAGAACUCUCCAAGUACAAGCAACGCCGCCUGGCAGGGGUCGAGGAGUGGGUCGGCGACAGGAAGCAGUGGAUAUCCGUCAGAGCUGAAGUCCUCACAACGUUUGCCCUCUGCGGAUUUGCCAAUUUCAGCUCCAUUGGGAUCAUGCUGGGAGGCUUGACCUCCAUGGUCCCCCAACGGAAGAGCGACUUCUCCCAGAUAGUGCUCCGGGCACUCUUCACGGGAGCCUGUGUGUCCCUGGUGAAUGCCUGUAUGGCAGGGAUCCUCUAUGUGCCCAGGGGGGCUGAAGUCGACUGCAUGUCCCUCCUGAACAUGACCCUCAGCAGCAGUAGCUUUGAAAUAUACCAGUGCUGUCGUGAGGCCUUCCAGAGCAUCAACCCAGAGUUCAGCCCAGAGGCCCUGGACAACUGCUGUCGGUUUUACAACCACACGAUCUGUGCAUAGUGAGGACAGAAUAUGUUUGUGCUUCUGUGCUUCUGAGGGCUGUUCUCCCCCAGGAAGCAUCUGUCCCCACCUUCCCUUUCCCAGCGCCCUCUUCAGGGAAGCCACAGGACUUAGACCCAGCUCAAUCCCACAACUGGGAAGGGGUCAUAGAGUGAAUGUGCAGAGGGUGAGUGGGGACAUAAAGAAGGACAUGUCCCACUCCAUCCCCCUUUCUGCUCCCCCAUUUCCUACCUCCCCCAGUGUGAAUUCUCAGGGUCACUUCUGCCUCCUCCCAUUUCCUCUCCACAUCCAAAUAUCACCCUGGUCCUCUCUAUCCCCCCUCUCCUGGGGUCCUUCACAUGCCCCUUCCCUUCUGUUGUGGGCCGCACACCAAAACCUCCUCCCCUCCCCACUUCCUGGGCACUAGGAUCUCUCUGUGGCUUCCCCUGCCAGGUGGUGUCGCCCCUUUCUCUGCUUUCAGAGACUCCCUUCCCACCUUUCCUCAGAGCGCUUCCCAAACUGAGGUCCCAUGGCACACUGUCCUGGGAGGCGUUCAGAGGGUUCAUAAUGGACUAGGUUUGGAACCACUGGGUUAAAUAAACUUAGAGAGGGCUGUUUAGA